CAUGCCUGUAGUCACAUGAUCGGCCUCUCCGCUCAGCUGCUGAUGUUUAUUUCCUCGUUCUACGAAGUAAGUCGAGCUACUGACCCCGAGUACAGCACAAAUAGUGAAGUUGUCUUUUCCUUUAUUGAUGCCGAAUCUGCGAAAAAGAGAGGUUGGGAUUUUAGCCUCCUGAAGAUUCCCUUAAUGAAUACCUCAGACAGCGAAGAAGAGUUUUGCAAUGAGAGGACAGCCUUGGUGCCAGCUGAGAGCCCAACAGUCCCGUCGUAUGCUAGUGACGUAGGCCUGCCCAUUUCCUCAGAUACAGAAGCCAUAAGGCGCCGCCCGGCUGCCGGCUCAGGUGAGAGACAGGAUGGGAGACACGUGGAUCGGGACUCUGCUUUGGAGAGUGAGGACGAGGAGCUCACUCUCAAAUAUGGGGCCAAGCAUGUCAUCAUGCUGUUUGUUCCCGUCACCCUCUGUAUGGUCGUUGUCGUAGCGACAAUCAAAUCGGUCAGCUUCUAUACUGAGAAGAAUGGUCAGCUGAUUUAUACGCCCUUUACAGAAGACACUUCUUCGGUGGGGCAGAGGCUGCUGAAUUCAGUCUUAAAUACUUUAAUUAUGAUCAGUGUCAUUGUCAUAAUGACUAUCUUUCUUGUUAUCCUUUACAAGUACCGCUGUUACAAGUUCAUCCAUGGCUGGCUCAUUCUUUCUUCCCUAAUGUUACUUUUCUGGUUCAGCUUUAUGUACCUGGGGGAGGUGUUUAAGACCUACAAUGUGGCGAUGGACUAUCUUACCUUGGUUCUUGUCAUCUGGAAUUUUGGGGCAGUGGGGAUGGUUUGUAUCCAUUGGAAGGGGCCACUGCACCUCCAGCAGGCAUACCUCAUCAUGAUCAGUGCCCUGAUGGCAUUGGUCUUUAUCAAGUACCUGCCUGAGUGGUCAGCCUGGGUCAUACUGGGAGCCAUCUCUGUUUAUGAUCUGAUAGCAGUGCUGUGUCCAAAGGGUCCCUUGAGAAUGCUGGUGGAAACAGCCCAGGAACGGAAUGAGCCCAUUUUCCCAGCGCUGAUAUACUCUUCUGCCAUGAUGUGGAUGGUUGGAAUGGCAAAGCCUUCCACAGCAACGCAGUCUGGGAAUCAGGAUUCAGAUGAAGAAACAAACCAGAAUGACCACCACAACACUAAUGAAAAUUGUGAAGUACCCCCACCUCAGGUGAUCAGGGACCAGGGCAGAUCUCCCCCUGCAGAGGACGAACAUGAAGAGGAAAGGGGUGUGAAACUGGGUUUGGGGGAUUUCAUAUUCUACAGUGUACUGGUGGGGAAAGCUGCGGCUACGGCUAGUGGGGACUGGAACACCACACUGGCCUGCUUUGUGGCCAUUCUAAUAGGCCUGUGCCUCACACUUCUCUUGCUGGCUAUCUUUAAGAAGGCUCUGCCAGCUCUGCCUAUCUCCAUCACCUUUGGACUUAUCUUCUAUUUCUCUACUGACAACCUUGUCCGACCUUUCAUGGAUAAGCUGGCUGCUCAUCAGUUCUAUAUUUAGCUCUGUGUACAAGAUAUUUACAGAUGGGGAUGCCCACUUGAUUAAACUGGUGUUGUUUAGUUUCUACAAUGUGCCACUAGAGGUUUAAUGCAGAUAUGUAAAAAAAACAAUGAAGUACUAUUUUAUGUUUAUUUUUAGUAAUGUAUAUUACUGGUGUAAUGACAGCUUGAAGAGACUGACACCCAAAUUAAUGAAACCAAUACUCAUUGGUGCAGUUGUUUUAUAAAUUUUAAAUCAUAACUUGUUUUUUUUAAUUGUGAUGAUUUAAGGAAUGUUGAUUAACGUUGAAUUCAGAAUAUUCUUUAGAAAUGAGUUUAAAUGUAUGGCUGGACUGGUUUGUAUUCGUGCAAUACUUCUAUUUAAAGAUUUUAAACGAAGUAAUUCAAAGGACCAUAUUUCUAUUUUAAAUGGAGACAAAACAAAAAUAUUAAUUUAACACUGGAACAAAAGCACUAAAAAUCAUGGUGCUAAACAUGUUUAAUAUUCAUUUAUAGCAAAAGUUGUGGUUAUAUGCAUUUGUUAAAUGGUGUGAAUGUAUCUAAAAUUGUCUUUAUAUUGAAAAAUGUAUAUUUUAUAGAAUGUAACAAAAGUGAAAUUUUAUUUUGUAUCCGUUUGAAAUGAUUAGAAAAUUGUCCAAAAUGUGACUUUAUCAUUGUGUACCAUUUUCAAUGUGUUCUAUAAUAAACUGUUUAUACCUUA